CUAGUCCUUGAUGUAUAACCCCUGUCUUGGAGUUACUUCCUACAUUAUCAAGUGUAUUCUUUUCAGAUGCUAGUCUGAACAACUACACUUACCCAAAAAAGUAAGAAAAGAUGACUUCUUUCAGAAUCUUUCAGGAAAUACAAGCAGACAAACAUACAAAUAGUAGAGGGUUGGAGUUUUUCUGAAUCCCAAAGAGUACAUUUUGCCAUUUUAUCAAAAUCUAGUGCUGAAUAUUAGAUCUUUUAGACUUUACUCCUUUAGACCUUUAUUUCAGUAUUAUUUGAUUGUUUUAAAGUCCCAAAACUGGGAAGUCACCGUGGAGUUUCAAAACAAAUAAAUGAUGUAGUUUCUAUCCUCAAGAAGCUCAUAAUUUGGUUAGAGAGAGAAUUUGUAUUGCACAAACCUACCAGACUACAACCCAGUAUACUAGUGUGGGAACAUCAGUCUGGCCAUCAAUAAACAAGGGCCCUUGUUAAACUGCUGGUUAACAAGUCACAAUACUCUUGCCAAGUCAGUUUAUCUGAGCUUCUGUUUCCUCAUCAUUCAUGUUCCUUUGAUCUCUGAAAUUCUGUGAAAUUCAAAUUCCAAGUACAGAAAUAUAAUUUGGCUAGGGUUGGUCUGGGAAGAUUUCACAGUAAUUGUGUUUUCUUUAAGAAGUCUAAGGGAAAGUUCAGUCUUGCCUUUAAGAGAGAUGAUUUCCUUCGGUAGAUGGCGUUUGACAUUGUUUUUUCCCAUAACAGCCGUGUGGACUGAAGUUUAUGGUAGUGACCUGCAGAAGUCUAUAAAGUCUAAGAGGAAGACUUUUCAAGGAUCUGUAGGACCCAAGAAGCCGUGGUGGUGCAGUGGUUAAGAGCUCGACUGCUAACCAAAAGAAUCACAGUGAAAGAUAUGUUUUCAUUGCAGAGUGGUAUGAUCCAAAUGCUUCACUUCUUCGACGUUAUGAGCUUUUAUUUUACCCAGGGGAUGGAUCUGUUGAAAUGCAUGAUGUAAAGAAUCAUCGUACAUUUUUAAAGCGGACCAAAUAUGAUGACCUGCGCUUGGAAGAUUUAUUUAUAGGCAACAAAGUGAAUAUCUUUUCUAGACAGCUGGUACUAAUUGACUAUGGGGAUCAAUACACCGCUCGCCAGCUGGGCAGUAGGAAAGAAAAAACAUUAGCCCUGAUUAAACCAGAUGCAGUGUCAAAGGCUGGAGAAAUAAUUGAAAUAAUAAACAAAGCUGGAUUUACUAUAACAAAACUCAAAAUGAUGAUGCUUUCAAGGAAAGAAGCAACAGAUUUUCAUGUAGACCAUCAAUCAAGACCCUUUUUUAAUGAGCUGAUCCAGUUUUUUACAAGUGGUCCUGUUAUUGCCUUGGAGAUUUUAAGAGAUGAUGCUAUAUGUGAAUGGAAAAGAUUACUUGGACCUGCAAACUCUGGAGUGGCACGUACAGAUGCUCCUGGAAGCAUUAGAGCCCUAUUUGGAACAGAUGGCAUAAGAAAUGCAGCUCAUGGUCCUGACUCUUUCGCUUCUGCUGCCAGAGAAAUGGAGUUGUUCUUUCCUUCAAGUGGAGGUUGUGGGCCCGCAAACACUGCUAAGUUUACUAAUUGCACCUGUUGCAUUAUUAAGCCCCACGCUAUCAGUGAAGGACUGCUGGGAAAGAUCCUGAUGGCUAUCCGAGAGGCAGGUUUUGAUAUCUCAGCUAUGCAGAUGUUCAACAUGGAUCGGGUUAAUGUUGAAGAAUUUUAUGAAGUUUAUAAAGGAGUAGUGACUGAGUAUAAUGAAAUGGUGACAGAAAUGUAUUCUGGUCCUUGUGUAGCAAUGGAGAUUCAACAAAAUAAUUGUACGAAGACAUUUCGAGAAUUCUGUGGACCUGCUGAUCCUGAAAUCGCACGGCAUUUACGCCCUGAAACCCUCAGAGCAAUCUUUGGUAAAACGAAGAUCCAGAAUGCUGUUCACUGUACUGAUCUACCUGAGGAUGGCCUCCUAGAGGUUCAGUACUUCUUCAAGAUCUUGGAUAAUUAGCAGCAUAGAAAGCAAAGAAGUCAUGGAUUGGGACUUACAGACACGAGACAGUCACACACAUGAGGAAUGUGUUCAUUCUUUUAUUGUCCAUUGUUUUAACCUGACUGAAUACAAGAUCAAUAAGAGCACUGUACUCCUGGCAAUUAUUACAUAUUAGAACAUGGAUUUUGCACUUUAGACAACAUUUAACACCAGUCUAUGGGGUACUGCAUUGCUUUGUAUAAAGUUCAAAAUAAAGAUUUAUUUUCAAACAAG